UUUGGCUAAUGUUUACUUCGUGUCCGGCGUGUCUUCUCUAAUGCAACCAUUUUUAUCGCGGGAUUGAUGCCCUACCCAGUGUUAACCCCGUUUUACACUGUUCGCGCAUUCUGUACUAAUGUGCAUUAGUUAGCAGCGAGCUCAUUCAGAUAGGUGGUAAACUGACAGUUACAUUGCUUAUCGAGGGUGAAGUUCGGACUCAGAUCUGCGUUCAUGAUGGCGAUGUUCCGCAGUUUUGUAUCUGCUACCCAGCUCAGGCAGCAUCACCAUCAGCAUCAACUGCAGAGCGAGGCAACCGCGGCCGUCCCCGGUGAGAGCAUCGAGAGCCAGUUCUCUUGCCCCAUUUGCUUGGAGGUCUACCACAAACCUGUCAGCAUCGCAAGCUGCACUCACACGUUCUGUGGGGAGUGUCUGCAGCCAUGCCUGCAGGUGACCUCUCCCCUCUGCCCCCUCUGCCGCAUGCCUUUCGACCCGAAGAAGGUGGACAAGUCCUCCAAUGUGGAGAAGCAGCUGUCCUCCAACAAGGCGCCCUGUAGGGGCUGUAGUAAAAAGGUCACCCUGGUCAAAAUGAGGUCACACAUUACAUCUUGCACAAAGGUUCAAGAACAGAUGGCCAACUGCCCCAAAUUUGUACCAGUUGUACCCACUUCACAGCCAAUUCCUAGCAAUAUCCCAAAUCGCUCCACGUUUGUGUGUCCAUACUGUGGAGCCAGGAAUCUUGACCAGCAGGAGUUGGUCAAACACUCUAUGGAGAACCACCGAAAUGACGCCAAUAAAGUGGUGUGCCCCAUAUGUUCGGCCAUGCCUUGGGGUGACCCCAGCUAUAAGAGCUCCAACUUCAUGCAGCACCUCCUGCACCGGCACAAGUUUUCCUACGACACGUUUGUGGACUACAGCAUCGAUGAGGAGGCAGCACUGCAGGCAGCAUUGGCCCUCUCAUUGGCUGAGAACUAAGGAUCUCCUCCUCCUGCUCUCUGGCACUCAUUAAUGCUCUCUUCUCCAACUGUCUCUUUCCAACAACCAGUCUUACAGGAACCUAAGGAGCCCUCACUCCAUUCUCUGCAUCCUGGAAUUCUCAAUAACGUACUCUCCUCUUCCUGUAGCUCUCCAGCCUUCUCAGAGAACCCCGUUCUUCACACCUGCCUGUCCACCAUGGCCCUCUUGAAGACAGCUGAGGUUCCAGCUCUCCUGGACUCUGCUGACCCAGUCAUUGAGCUCCCCACCCCCCCACCCCCCCACCCCUUCCUGUUUUAUCAGGACCAAUCACAGCCAUGAGGUGGUAUCCUAAAUGCAACAAUGUAAUGCGCAAAUGCAUUUGGGGUUAAUUUACUUUGUGUUUUAGGUUUUACAUGGGCUAACAUGAAUUGAGUUCACUUCCCGACAAAUAAUUAUCUGUGAAUCUUUCCUUUUUAAAUGGAGUGAGGGAGGCAGUGUGGUAUGGACAGGUGCUGUGGGAGGAGCUUCUUGCAGGAGAAAUGUUAAUCAAGCACAGAAAGGGAGGUAACUUGUCAAUCACAUUACCACAAUGGACAGAUGGCCAACAUCCCAACAUAAAUGUUCAUGGCCCCCAUUUUACUAGUUCUUCUGAAUAAUUGCACUUAUCACAUUUUUCUACAUGAAGUAUAGUGUCGUUUUGAUUUUAUAGAUGACAUGCAGGCCAAUAGUGACGCAUUAAUGGUUAAUACUGCUGUUACCUGUUUAACUUGCUACAAUAGUAUUUUUUAUGAAGCAUCAGAUGAGAAAAAAAUAUAUUUUUGAAAAUGUUUCAAAUGGUUCACUAAUAACACAGAAGUAAACAUGCAUUUAAUAAUGAAGAAUGUGUUGGUGGUUUUAUAUAAUUUAUUUUUAUCGUACAUGCAGCUCCGAUAAAUCAAAGUAAAUGUGGAUGAUUUGGAAUGGAGCGCUCCUCGGGUUUUCUGUUUAAUGACACAGUGGCAACACUAGAGGGCACCUUGGUUUAAUAAAAAUCUGAACUUCUAAUUGAGAUCAUGGGUUUUCAACAGUUAAAUUUGGAUUGAUUCCUUUUUUUUUUCAGCUUGCAUUUUUUGUUUACUUUAUUUAAACUAUUGUAAGGAAGCCCUGAUGUGCAUUUGUUUCUGUAUUUAUAGAGAUUAAUUUGGGAUUAAUUUCUCUAUAUGCAGUUUAGAUUUACACAAAUUCAUAUGAGUUGGAUUCAUUUCCUUUCUUACCUUAAAAACAUGAAGUAGUUUUGAGUCUAAACCGUGGAACAGGAUAAUUGUAAUGCUGUAUGCCAUGAGGUUUAAAUCUUUUCUGGUUUAUUGUGUCAUUAUAUUACCAGGAUAUACUCAUAUGUGCCAAGGAGGCAUAUAAUCUGAUUAGUUAUUAGCUGUCUUAUUAUUAGCGAUUUGCUUUUAGAUCUUUAUACUGCCCUGUGAUCUUUGUUUUGUGGCGCCAGGCACACCAGUAAUUACUAAGCAGGGUGGGGUCGCUUGAAGUGACGGUUGGACACCUGUGUGACUGGUUGAAUCAAGGGAACAGGAAAUAAGAUCUGUAUUCAUGUCAGAACAAUAUUGAUGUUUCUGAACAAUACAGACAUCCCCAAAUGUGGCACAGCAAUUAACAAUAAACCCCCGCUCACUGCCUCCAAUAAGAUGUGUUAUGAUGCGUCUCUCAAAGUGAUAUCCUCAACUUGCCGAGGGGUUUCCAUAUCCUGCACAGACUGACCUUCUGUGCUACUGCAUGUCAAGACAACCAUGAGAUGGUUUUGGAUUUAUGUUGUCAUUUUAAAAAUAGCAAUAUUUGGACUGUUUCAGAUGAGCACUGUGAAACAUUGAACUGCUAAACAUACCAAAUGCUUAAGGCGGUGGUCUCAAUUCUCAUUGUCAUGGAGGGCCGUGUAUGCAGGUUCAUUCCAACCAAGUAAUUGAUUCCAAUUGCUCAUUCAGCCAUAUGUAUUUAACUGCAUUAAAGCACAGAAUAUAAGCAACCAAUGUUAUUUACACAUGGCCCUCCAUGGCACUGAUUUCAGACUACUGGCUUUAGGUAAAUAAGGUAAAUAGUAGUUCAUCAUACACCCCAUUUACUAACAGGAUAUGAGAAUACAUCUCUGAACUUGUCACCAGCGAUAUUAGUUGGUGUUGACAAUAAUAAUAAUGAAUGAACAAUAUCUACAAUAAAUAGCUGUUUUCAUUUGGACAGAA